AUGGCCUACAGCUGCUGCUCUGGAAAUUUCUCCUCCCGCUCCCUUAGGAGCUGCCUGCCCUCCUCAGGAUCCUGCCUUGCCUCUUCCUACCCCAGCAACCUGGUCUACACCACUACCAGCUGCUCUCCCAGCACCUGUCAGCUUGGAUCCUCUCUGAACAGUGGCUGCCAGGAGACCUGCGUCGAGCCCACCAGCUGCCAGAGGUCCUCUGUGGUGUCCAGCCCCUGUCAGAAGCCCUGCUACUACCCCAGGAGCUACACACCCUGCAGUCCCUGCCAGGGGACAUAUGCUGGCUCGCUGAGCUUUGGGUCCAGAAGCUGCAGUUCCCUGGGUUAUGGAUCUAGAAUCUGCUACCCAGUUGGCUGUGGAUCUAGUGGGUUCGGAUCCCUGAAUUGUGGAGUCUAUAGCUUUCCUACCAGAUAUUACAGAUCUGCUGUCUGCACCCCACUUUCAUUCCCUUGUAGGGAUUUCUAUCCUUGUUACCAGCCAUUCUAUACAUCUGGCUUCUGUUGACUAAUCUGUUGAGUCUCCCUUGCCCCAUACUGAAUGCAGAUUCUGCAGUAAAAUUGUCUUUUCAUUUUAUCCUUCAGAACUCUUGAACUUUUCUUCAUUAUCUUUUUCCUUUCCAACCCUUAAUUUUGAAAUUCUGUCAAACUGCAAGACUGAUGAAAAAUUCAUUCCCAUUGUUCAUAAAAUUGAUAAAGUUUCACUUCUCCCAAAGUUACAAAAUCAAUUGAUUUUAUCUUAAUAAACUCUUGUUUCUGUUGCAAAA